AUGGGGUAUUGUGUAUCUGCCUACCCUUGGGCUAUUGGCUAUUGUAUGUUGACUUUGCUCGCGAUUAUUGCUCUAAAGAGAAUGAUUGCAAAAUCUGGUGAUUGGUUCCGAUGUUUUCCAUGCGAAUACAUGGAUGAAAUGAAGAAUACCGAGUACGAGUCGAGCGGGCUUGAAAGGGUGAGGGUUUCGUACGUCGGAAACGAGUGGGACGAGGAGAAGCUGAAGGUCUUCGUCGUUCCGCACUCGCAUAAUGAUCCCGGGUGGAAGCUUACUGUCGAGGAGUAUUAUGAGCGGCAGUCGAGGAGGAUUUUGGACACGAUUGUGGAGGCUCUGUCGAAGGAUGAGAGGAGGAAGUUUAUUUGGGAGGAGAUGUCAUAUCUGACGAGGUGGUGGAGGGACUCGACGAAGUCGCAGCGGGAGAAGUUUGUGAGGUUGGUGAAGGGCGGGCAGCUCGAGAUUGUGGGAGGAGGUUGGGUGAUGAAUGACGAGGCUAAUUCCCACUAUUUUGCUAUCAUCGAGCAGAUGAUGGAGGGAAACCUGUGGCUGAAUGAGACCAUUGGAGUGAUUCCCAAGAAUUCCUGGGCGAUAGAUCCAUUUGGUUACUCGGCUACAAUGACGUAUUUGCUCCGACGCAUGGGUUUUCAAAACAUGCUAAUACAGAGAACUCACUAUGAGCUGAAGAAGGAGCUAGCUAUGCAUAAAAACCUGGAAUUUGUAUGGAGGCAAACCUGGGAUGCUGAUGAAACAACUGAUAUGUUUGUUCAUAUGAUGCCAUUCUACUCUUAUGAUAUUCCACACACUUGUGGACCAGAGCCAGCUAUAUGUUGUCAAUUUGACUUUGCUCGUAUGCGAGGUUUUAGCUAUGAGGCCUGUCCUUGGAGAUUUGACCCUGUUGAAACAAAUCCUAGCAAUGUUAAAGAGAGAGCAACAAAGCUUUUGGAUCAGUACAGGAAAAAAUCUACGUUGUACAGAACAAACACACUUCUCGUUCCGUUGGGUGAUGAUUUCCGUUACGUUAGCAUGGAGGAAGCAGAAGUUCAGUUCCGAAAUUACCAAACACUAUUUGAUUACAUAAAUUCUAACCCCAGUUUGAAUGCUGAAGUCAAGUUUGGCACUCUGGAAGAUUACUUCAGUACUCUUCGUGAGGAGGCAUAUAGGAUAAAUUUUACUCGUCCGAAUGAGAUGGGCUCUGGUGAAUUGGAAGGUUUCCCUUCUUUAUCAGGUGAUUUCUUUACUUAUGCUGAUAGGCAGCAGGAUUAUUGGAGUGGAUACUAUGUUUCAAGGCCAUUUUUUAAGGCUGUGGAUCGUAUAUUAGAGCAGACACUGCGAGCAUCAGAGAUGAUGGCUGCUUUAGUUCUGGGAUACUGUCAAAGGCAUCAAUGUUCAAAACUUCCUAUUGGUUUUGCCCACAAAAUGACAGCUGCUAGGAGAAAUCUAGCUCUUUUCCAGCAUCACGAUGGGGUAACUGGUACUGCUAAAAAUCAUGUUGUAGAGGAUUAUGGUACUAGAAUGCACAUGUCUUUGCAAGACUUGCAGAUAUUUAUGUCCAGAGCAGUUGAAGUCCUUCUGGGUGAUUUUCAUGACAAAUCUGAUCCUACCUUAUUAUCUGCUUAUGAACCAGAGCAGACAAGGUCGAGGUAUGAUGUUCAACCACUACAUAAAGUCCUCGAUAUUCACCAAGAACACGCUCGUUCUGUGACCUUAUUCAACCCCGUCGAGCAAACAAGGGAGGAGAUUGUUAUGGUUAUUGUCACCGAGCCUGAUGUAACUGUUGUGAACUCAAGUGGAUCAUGUGUUUCAAGCCAAAUAUCUCCAGAGUGGCAGCAUGAUAGCAAGGGAAAAGUUGUUUCGACUGGUCGACAUCGUGUUUAUUGGAGAGCAUCUAUUCCUGCCUUGGGUUUGGAGACUUACUAUGUGACUCGUGGACAGGGAGCUUGCGAAAAAUCUACACCUGCUCAGCUCAAAAUAUUUACUGAAGAAGACAAAUUGCCUUGCCCAUCUCAUUAUGUUUGCUCAAAAUUCGAGGGGGAUGAGGCAGAGAUCCAUAAUCCUCAUCACUCAUUGACAUUUGAUGUAAAAAAAGGUUUGCUAAAGAAGUUAAAAAAUAAUAAAGACGGCAAAGAAACUGUUUUAGGGGAAGAGAUAAGCAUGUACUCCAGCUCUGGUAGUGGAGCUUACUUAUUCUUACCAAACGGUGAAGCUCAGCCUAUUAUAGAAAAAGGUGGGAGCUUCAUUGUCUCUGAAGGUCCACUGGUUAAAGAAGCUUAUACUCUUCCAAGAACUGCAUGGAACAAGUUGCCAGUAUCUCACAGCACAAGGAUAUAUACUGGCGAGAACACUCUUCAGGAGUUGCUCAUUGAGAAAGAAUACCACGUUGAGCUUCUUGAUCAUGAGUUCAAUGACAAAGAGUUGAUAGUUAGAUUCAAGACCGAUAUCAACAACAGGAAGGUUUUCUACUCUGAUCUGAAUGGCUUUCAGAUGAGCAGAAGAGAAACAUAUGACAAAAUCCCUUUACAGGGAAAUUACUAUCCCAUGCCUGCCCUCGCUUUUUUGCAGGGUUCAGAAGGAAACCGUUUCUCUGUCCAUUCUCGUCAGUCACUAGGAGCAGCAAGCCUUAAGGAUGGAUGGCUUGAGAUUAUGUUGGAUCGUCGUUUGGUUAGAGAUGAUGGUCGAGGUUUAGGUCAAGGAGUGAUGGAUAACCGCCCUAUGAAUGUGAUCUUUCACAUUCUCACUGAAUCCAAUGUCUCUGCAUUGCCUUCCAAUAUUCACAAAUUGUUAUCGGUCCAGCCUUCACUUCUUUCUCACCGAGUUGGGGCACAUUUGAACUACCCAUUACAUUCAUUUGUUAGUAAGAACGAGUUGAAAAUGCCCUUGAAGCUAUCUUCUCCAAAAUCAUUUGCACCCUUAUCCUCUUCCCUACCUUGUGACUUGCACAUUGUGAGCUUCAAGAUUCCACAGCUUACGAAGGCAUCCCAUAUAACUGAAGACCCUAGAUUUGCGAUUAUAUUUCAGAGGCGAGGUUGGGAUUCUUCCUAUUGUAAAAGGGGAGGAUUGCAUUGUUCAAGAGUGGGGGAUGAUCCUGUUAAUCUUUUCUACAUGUUUAAAGACCUCGCGGUUACGAAUGUGAAGGGGACUUCUUUGAAUCUUUUGCAUGAUGAUACAGAGAUGCUGGGAUAUAUUGAACGUUUAGGAGAUGUGGCUCAAGAAGGAAAUGUGCUUCUCUCUCCCAUGGAGUUGCAAGCGUACAAGUUAGAGCUUCAGCUACAACAAUGAGCAUAUCUAAAAGAUUGAACCGGUUUGGAGUCACACAUCAUUUGCUUGUAUAAUUGAGGGAAAUGUGGUUACACGCGGUGCUCGCUCCCUUCUACAAAUGUGAGAUUUUGUAAUGAACUGUAGGCUGCAAUUAUUUUCCCUGGAAGGUAUUCGAAGGCGACAAAAAAAAUUGAGAUGGAGAGAGAUUUUAGAGCAGGAUGGGAAAUAUUCUUAGAUAGGGGGGCUUUCAAUUGAGCAUCACCAUGCUUUCAUCCCUUAGAAAUUGCGAGAGCGUUUUGAGAGAAAAUG